AAAUUGUUGUCUUCCAUAGCACUACACAAAACUUUUGUACAAAUUCUUAAAUUCCCUUUUGCUGUUGUUCAACAAAAUUUUUGUAGAAAUUCUCACAAAAUUGUUCAUUGGUACUCGAAAAAAAUUAAAAGUGCAACUUUCCAAAAUGCCUUCCCUUCUGAAAACCCUUCCCGCGAUGUGCUCCUCGCUGAGACCGGCCCUCGGCCAGUGCCUCCGAUCGUACAGUGUCGAAUCGUCGCUGCACAGUGCGGUGAUUAAUCGAGCAAUGUUGAACUUGGGCGCCGGCACCAGGCAGUGGCCCCUGCGGGAGGACUGGUUUGCAGCCCGGCAACUAAUGCUGCAGAAACAGAAUCAGAAUCCGAACCUGCACCGCAGCCAGAGUCGCUGCUGGAGCAACAGCAGCAGGAGGAUGGGCCAGGCCACGCGCCGGCGUCGUCGGCAGUUUGGCGUCUCCCAGGAUCUGCCGGCGAAUGCCGUUGCCGAAAUGGACACAGAGGUACGAAGUGAUGCGCACAAGGGCACACAGGAGUAUAGUCACCAGGAGCAAGGGCGAAGAGCACACGACUUGGUAGGGCAGAACUACGAAAUGGAGGCCCCCUAUGAUGAUCAGCGAGUCGGCACCGUCCGUGAGGUUAUCUUUGGCCAUCAACAAGACGACCACGAGGAUGAGGAUGAGCUCGAACGCAGGCGGUACAGCGAGGAGCUGCGGCGACGUGUGUCUGCUCAAAAACUCGAAUACAGCACACCGCAAAAGGAAAUCUCCCGCAAGGUCAUCUGCCCCUAUCCAUCCUACAUGUCGCAUCGCAGUCGCUGGGCAGAGUUCCGGCAUGCCAUGAUCUAUGGGCGACCGAGCUUCUAGACACAUUUCGAGCGAACUUAAC